GUACUUCCGGCGCGCCGCGCACCUGAGCACUUCCCUGGGUCCUGGCGUCUCCUCGCACUCGGCGCGAUGGGCAAGAAGGGCAAGAAGGAGAAGAAGGGCCGCGGGGCGGAGAAGACUGCCGCCAAGAUGGAGAAGAAGGUGUCCAAGCGCUCGCGGAAGGAGGAGGAGGACCUUGAAGCUCUCAUAGCCCACUUCCAGACGCUGGAUGCCAAAAAGACCCAGAUUGUGGAAACGCCCUGCGCCCCACCUUCCCCACGGUUAAAUGCCUCACUCUCCGCUCAUCCUGAGAAAGAUGAAUUAAUCCUUUUUGGAGGUGAAUAUUUCAAUGGCCAAAAAACAUUUUUAUAUAAUGAACUCUACAUCUACAACAUUCGGAAGGAUGCCUGGACCAAAGUUGACAUCCCUAGUCCGCCUCCGAGGCGCUGUGCUCACCAGGCGGUGGUGGUGCCUCAGGGCGGCGGACAGCUGUGGGUCUUCGGCGGGGAGUUUGCUUCUCCCGACGGGGAGCAGUUCUACCACUACAAGGAUCUCUGGGUCCUGCAUUUGGCCACCAAGACCUGGGAGCAAGUCAGAUCGCCAGGCGGUCCUUCAGGCAGGAGUGGACAUCGAAUGGUGGCCUGGAAGAGACAGUUAAUCCUUUUUGGUGGCUUCCAUGAGAGUACACGAGAUUACAUCUACUACAAUGACGUGUAUGCCUUUAACCUGGACACUUUGACGUGGAGCAAGCUGUCCCCGUCCGGCGCCGGGCCCACUCCCCGCUCGGGCUGCCAGAUGUCCGUCACUGCCCAGGGCAGCAUCGUCGUCUACGGGGGCUACUCAAAGCAGAGAGUCAGGAAAGACGUGGACAGAGGCAUCCAGCACUCCGACAUGUUCCUGCUGAAGUCUGAGGAAGGAAGAGAAGGCAGGUGGGCGUGGACUCGGAUUAACCCUUCUGGAGCCAAGCCCACCCCAAGGUCUGGCUUUUCUGUGGCGGUGGCCCCGAACCACCAGACGCUACUCUUCGGAGGGGUGUGUGACAAGGAGGAGGAGGAGAGCCUGGAGGGCGACUUCCUCAAUGACCUGCACUUCUACGACCCUGCCAGGAACCGCUGGUUUGCAGGGCAGCUGAAGGGACCCAGGUCGGAGAAGCGAAGGCGCAGGCGGGGCAAAAAAGCAGAGCCCGGAGGUGCUGACAAGCAGGAAGUGGAGCACACCAGCACCCAGGAGCCCCUGGAGGUGAUCCGAGAGGUGGUCGCAGAGGACGGGACCGUGGUCACCAUUAAACAGGUGCUAGCUGCCCCGGGCAUGGCAGGACGGCCAGAGUCGGACGUCGAGGACAGCCCCGAGGAAGCCGUUGUCCCGCCAGUGGAGCCCAGCCCCCGCUCCAACGCCAUGCUGGCCGUGAAGCAUGGGCGGCUCUACCUCUACGGGGGCAUGUUUGAGGCCGGCGACCGCCAGGUCACCCUCAGUGACUUGUACUGCCUGGACCUCCACAAGAUGGAGGAGUGGACAGUCUUGGUGGAGAUGGAUCCAGAAACCCAGGAGUGGCUGGAGGAGACGGACUCAGAGGAGGACAGCGAUGAGGCCGAGGGUGCCGAGGGCGGCAGGGAGGACGAGGAGGACGAGGACGAGGACAGCAGCGACGAGGGCGGGGAGCUGCACCCCUCUGCGAGGCCUGGUGAGCCGUUCGCAGACUGCCUGCCUGCCCGGGACCGAGCGGCACUGGCUGAAGCCGGCCCAGGACGGCGCAGGGCUCAGCGCCCAGGAGAGGAGAAUGCUGAGAGCCGCCCAGGCCACGGCCAAGGCUUUCUUUGAUGACUCGGCGUGAGCGGCACACUGGCCGGAAGCUCGACUGAGGGCGGUGUGGUUUCUUGCCCGCGGCUUGCCGGGUGUGGACUGGGCACGAGGCGGCUGCUGCGAAGGCGGUCUUCACAGUCUCCGGGCACCGGUGCUUCUGGCAGGGAGGCCCGGGGCACGGCCGAGCUGAGGGUGAGGCCACCCCUACGACAGGCAACACCUUGACCGUGACGUGGAAUGUUGAGCUUGGUGGGGGGGCUGUCCUCUGCCAGGCUGGGAGAUGAAGUUUCUCCUUGGCCAACCCAGAGGUCCUCUCUUUGGUUUUCAAAAUUUAUCAGUAGCUGCCCAUCAAGUCCUGUCCGCGUUCUGCUGGUUGUCUAUAAAAUAAAGCACUUGUUGGAGGGCCGGGCUGCUUGCUCUGGCCCGCGGCUGUGCCUGGG